AUGCGUGAGACACCGUUUGUUAUGUCGCUCUCGCUUGCCGCUGGGGCCAUCUCAUUAUUCGGAUCUAUGCUUUUUCUCCCUCGUCUCUAUUGGGAAAUGGUUGAUCUGAAAGACGAGGUGUUCGAAGCCGUUGAGAGCUUUAAGGUUGAAACGGAUUCAUCAUGGAUCGAGUUGAUGAACAUGCAGAUUAAUCACAGCCCUCCAUCGAAACCCAAAGAGAAUCCAUUUCUGCGAAGAGAAAAAAGGUUCACAGGUCUUCCCGACUGGUGUCAGUGUGACCUCGUUCCACAGUGUCCACCUGGCCCUCCAGGACCGCCUGGUCCACCCGGAAUGCCAGGAGUUCCUGGUGCGGCAGGUCCUGCGGGACUGGACAAUAUGAAUGGCGGUUCUUACGACAGAGCAUGUGCUCCUCCCGAAGGUUGCGUGAGAUGUCCGGCAGGAGAACGAGGUCCACCAGGACCCGAUGGUCCUCCUGGAUUGCAAGGUCCUCCUGGAAUACCAGGUGUCCCAGCUUUGCCUUAUGCUGUCAUGGGAAAGCCUGGACCACCAGGACCUCCUGGAGAUGCAGGGCCAGAUGGUGUGCCUGGACAUCCUGGAGAACCGGGUGCACCAGGCCAACCAGGAACAUCACGUAAAGGUGCUCGCGGUCCACCGGGAGAGCCAGGACCGAUAGGAGCGCCUGGAAUCACUGGAAUACCGGGUGCGCCUGGAUUGCCAGGUUCCGAUGGUCCUCCAGGCCCGAUAGGCGCUCCAGGGAAACGUGGUGAACCGGGUGCACCAGGAACUGCUGGUAUCGGGGGAGGCAAUGGCAUUCCUGGUCACGAUGCUGAAUAUUGUCCGUGCCCACCACGAUCACUAUUUCUUAUUCGAAGACAGGCCUGA